AUGUCGUCUUCAUGGGAGUUGGCCAUGCUGAUGAGGACUUUGAGUCAGUCAUGCCCACCAAAGGAGCUAAAAGCCCAGAUUGGGAUCUACCAAGAAACGUUAGCAAUGAAAGGCCUUAUCUUGAAUUGUCUUGGGCGCAAAGAAGAUGCAUAUAAUUUUGUACGCCAAGGCUUACGCAACAAUCUGAAGAGUCACGUUUGUUGGCAUGUGUUUGGUCUUUUACAGCGUUCUGACAAAAAAUAUGAUGAAGCCAUCAAAUGUUACCGAAAUGCCCUUAAGUGGGACAAAGACAAUUUACAGAUCCUUCGAGAUCUGUCUUUACUUCAGAUUCAAAUGAGAGAUCUGGAAGGUUAUAAGGACACGCGGUACAAACUAUUUGAAUUACGACCAACCCAGCGAGCAUCAUGGAUUGGUUAUGCCAUGUCUUUCCAUUUACUCAAGGACUAUGAUACAGCAUUAAGGAUAUUAGAAGAGUUUAGAAAAACUAUUCAGAAAACUACGUACGAUUAUGAAUACAGUGAAUUACUUCUGUAUCAAAAUCUUGUAAUACGGGAAAGUGCCAAUUUACAGGAAGCCUUGAAACACCUCAAUACCUAUGAAGCAAAUAUUUGUGAUAAGGUCACACUUCAGGAAUUAAGAGGUGAAUUAUUGGUGAAAUUAGAUAGAAAAGAUGAAGCUUCAGAAGUUUAUAGAGGUUUGAUAAAGCGUAAUCCGGAAAACAACCGUAACUACUACCUCAAUUUAGAAGAAUCCCUUGGCCUAUCCACAGUUGAAGAAAGAUUAAAAUUAUAUGAAGAGCUCAAAGAGAAAUUUCCCCGUGCUCAAGUGCCUAAACGAUUACCACUCAAUUAUGCCAAGGGGGAAACAUUAGAAAAACUUUUAGAUCCAUACUUGCGGGCAUCGUUACAAAAGGGUGUCCCACCAUUGUUCACAGAUAUACGGCCACUUUACAAUGACUCUGAGAGAGUACAGAUUAUUGAAAAACUCAUGAACCGUUACCUUAAAAACCUUGAAGAGACGGGACAUUUAUGUGAAACAGAUAACGAAUACAAAGAACCAGCGUCUAUAUUAUAUGUUUUGAUGUACCUGGCACAACAUUACAGCUAUUUAGGCGAUUCAGAGAAGGCAUUACAGUUAAUAGAUCGGGCAUUAGAUCAUACUCCAACUCUCAUAGAGUUGUAUAUAGUUAAAGGAAAAAUAUUAAAGGUGAGCUCAUUUCAGAUUAUUUUCUUUUAAGAAUUAGGAUAUUAG